CGCCUUAAUUAUUCUUUCCUUUUUUUUGUUGAUAUCCUGAGGUUUCUACGGAGGACUUCUUCACGCGCUACUCCGAUUGCCUGAUCAACCGCCGGUGGAAGUGAUCAUGGCGGCGCCGUCUUCCUCUGCGGCGUCCACGACUGCGAAUGUCAUGCUAGCAGUCCACGAGAAGAAGACGGUUUCCAUGGACCUGUACCGGCCUCUCCGCAACUACAUCGCCGUCAACUACUCCGAGCGAGAGGCUCAGAACCUAGAGGAAGAUCUGGAGACGCUCAGGGAGCUCCGCUCCGACCUCGAGCGCUGCACUCCCGAUUCCUUCCCGUCCCGCCGCGAUCUCCUCCAGAAGUACUACAGGGCUCUCUGCGCCGCCGAGUCUCGCUUCCCCAUCUCCCCCGAUAAGGAUCACAUCAACACCGUGACCUUUACCUGGUACGAUGCCUUCAAGAGCAAACAGAAGGCGGUUCAGCAGAACAUCAAUUUGGAAAAAGCAGCGGUUCUGUUUAAUUUGGGGUCAGUUCACAGUCAAAUGGGGCUGAGUUUUGAUCGAUCAUCUGUUGAUGGGAGAAGGCAGGCAUCACACUCAUUUAUGGCGGCAGCCGGGGCAUUCAAUUUCUUGAGAGAGAAGGUAGCUAUGAAGGCAUCACCGGGGAACUCCACCACUGUGGAUAUCUCUGUGGAGUGUGCUGGGAUGUUGGAAAAGCUGAUGCUUGCUCAAGCUCAGGAAUGUGUUUUUGAGAAUACUAUUGCCAAGGGAAGCACUCCUGGGGUUUCUGCAAAAAUCUCUAGACAGGUCGGGAUGUAUUAUGAAGAAGCUUUGGCCGCAUUAAACUCUGCACCUCUGAAUCACCAUUUUGACAAAGCCUGGUUAACACAUGUUCAGCUUAAGGCAGCCUUGUUUUAUGCAGAGGCUUGUUAUAGAUAUAGUCUAGAACUCCAUGGAAAAGAAGAGAUUGCUGAGGAGAUCGCAAGGUUGAAGUGUGGGAUUAGUGCUUUGUCCGAAGCAAAAAAAUCAUCACCAAAGGGUGCAGUUCCGCAGCUAAUGGAAGCUGCAAACAAACUAGAGACAAACUUAAAUAAUAACCUGGAAAGAGCUGUGAAGGAGAAUAACAGAGUUUAUCUCAUGAGGGUCCCUCCAGCUAGUUCUUUGACAUCUCUUCCAGCAUUUUCAAUGGUGAAACCAAUGCCCAUGGAUGAGGUUCUGGAUGCAAGCAAGGAAAAGAUGUUUGCCAGUCUUGUCCCUGACAGCAGUGCCAAAGCUCUUUCAAGGUAUACUGAAAUGGUUGAUGAUGUCAUCAGGACCCAAGCUGAGAGGCUGCAACAGGGAAGUGAAUUAGCUCGAGUGAGGCUCAAGGAAAUGGACCUUCCUGAUUCAAUUCUUGCUUUGGAGGGAAACUGCAAUCUACCGAGUGCUCUGAAAGAAGAUGUAGAAGCGGUACAAAUUUGUGGGGGUCCAGCUGCCUUUGAAGCUGAGCUACAGCAACUGAGAGAUCUGAGGAGGGUGAAUCAUGAGCUGCUAGUCCAAACUGAAGAGCUCUUGCAAAAGGAAGCAACAGAGGAUGCUCAAUUCAGGAGCCAAUUUGGAACUCGUUGGACUAGGCCUCAAUCUAGUACAUUGACAAAGAACUUGCAGGACAGAUUGAACAGAUUUGUAGCAAACCUGAAGCAUGCAGCAGAAAGCGAUGCCAGAAUUGAGCGAUCUGUGAGGGAUCAUGCUGCUCUAAUGUCAAUACUUGAUUGCCGCCCUAUUGAAUUUUCGCUCCCCACCCUUGCAAGGCCAAUUAUGUCAUUAGAUGCCAAUGAAGAUGCCAUUGUCGGAGUGCUGAAGCAGAGUUUGAGGCAGUUAGAGAGUCUUGGUGCUGAGAGAGCAGGUCUUGAAGACAUGUUGAAGGAGAUGAAGAGGAAGGAUGAUAUCCUUCCUAAGUUGAUGACAUCUACAUGCUCUCAUGAAGAUCUUUUUCGAAAGGAGAUAGGGAAGUAUGAUCACAUUUGUCAAGAAAUUGGACGAAACAUUGAGGCACAAGAACAAUUACUAAUACAAAUUCAGGCUCAAAAUAACGAGUUUGUUGCAACUUUUAAUAUUGAGGAUUACAAAGCAAAUAGAGAGAAGAUGUACAGGCAGAUUGAAGCUGCAGUGGCAAAAUACCGAGAAAUCAAGGAUAAUAUUAAUGAAGGAUUGAAAUUCUACGUUACUCUUCAGGAUGCAAUCAUCAAUGUAAAGCAACAAUGCAGCGAUUUCGUGNAUCUGAAUUCCUCCCAACCCACCAGACCCACAAAUCCCUCCAACCCUCCCCCUCCCCAACACCACCCGGUCUACCAACCGAUUUCCGUUUCUCCUCCCCCAUACCCCACCAAUCAUCAACGGCAAUUGCCUCCCUAUCACUUCCCCGCUCCGGGUCCCACCUACCCCCCACCCCCACCCCACCCUCACUACCAACAGUACCCGCCCUCGGGCCAUAGUGAAUAUGGUCAAUCUCCGUAUCCCGGGUGGCAUGGUUCGUACUACAACAAUGCCCCUCCCCACCAACCCCGGCCUAUGCCGCCACCACCUUACUCCAUUCCUCCCUAUCCUCCUAGUAACCAGGAUGGGUACUAUAGACAGUAAGGCUUUGUUUGGUACACAGAAUUCAGACUAUGGAAUUGGACUUUAGGACAUCAAUUCCAAUUUUGGUGUUUGGUAGCACAAAAAUUAUGUGGAUUUGGAAUUGAUAGUGCAAAAAAUGAAUUGGAAUUGG